AUGGAACUGAGUUCAACUGGGUUUAAAUCGGGAUUUUACCAUGUGAGAGAACAAAGAACAAGAAAAAAACCGAAGGUGAAAAACAUUGCUUAUUUAUGGGAAGAUUUUGCUGGAACAAAUUCAAAACCAUUUGGAAAAUUGAUAGGCGCUACAUCAGAAAAGCAAGAUCUUAAUCAAUUUUUUUUUAUUUCUAUAAACCUGUUCACUUCUAAUUUUGGUGGUCAAUUAAAACCAUCAAUGAAAAUGCUGGCAUUUUAUACCUUAAUGGGAACUAGUUGCUAUGGUUAUCAAAUAAGUCACAAUAAACCAAAAUGCUAUAAUUUAUCGCAAAGACUGACUAGCUAUUAUAAAGCCUUAAAGAAUGAAGAGGCUACGAAAACAACAAUUAUAUUGACGACGAUUCGGUGGGGCUGCAUAAAAGGACAAAAGAUUUAUUUGUUUUGCGCAUUAAAUCCUGGAAUUACUUUGGCUAGGGGCAAUAGAAGUUCAAAAAUUGUAAAUUACUAUGUUUACAAUAGCUCAAAAUUGGGGAAGUUGUGGAUUGGUGUUUUUAAAAUGAGGGACAAAUUUUGUGUUGAACAACUUCAUUUCAAAGCCAUUCAUUAUAAUCUAAUGGUUAGCUUAUCAAGCCCUAAAAUGUGGAAUACUUUAUUACAUUUUUGUCAAUGUGAACCAAAUAACUUCAGAGAUAUAAUAAAAAAGCUACAAAGUGAAGAGCUUAAUUUAGAUAAAUCACAGAGGAAGCAAAUGAUUUGGGUCAAUAUCAUGAAUAAAUUAUGGACACGAACCUUGUCAAAAAAUCACACCAGUCAUGAGCGUCCCUUUGUGGAAGGUGAUGAAAAGGGAUGGACAAUUUUAUAUACAUUUCUAAAACACAAGGUGUCAAACGCAAUGCGAUUUUACGCCACAAUUUCUUUUCAAGAAAGAAAAUACGUGACUGAAGUUUUCCCAAUGGCAACACAAGAGAAGGAUCUACUACGCCGCAAGCCCUCAACUUUCUUUAAAGAAAUUUUAGAAAUAUUGUACUUUUUUCUAUUUUUGGGACAAAUUUUUUUCUUUUUCAAAGUCAAAAGUUUUGCUUCAUGUAGCAAAUUACAGAAAUCUUAUAAAAUGAUAUGGGUAAACAAUGAAGUGGCUUCUUUCGAUUCUCUCAACGUAAAGUUCAAAAAAUACUAA